AGGGUUUAAGAAAACGUCUGAGAAAGAAAGAGAGAAAAAAGCUUAGAGAGAAAAAAAAAUGGGGAAGACGAUGAGGAAGAAGAUGAAGGGAAGCCAAAACUUGAGGCAAAGACUGCUUCUUUCGACACUUUCUUCAACACCUAUCGUGAUUGAUGAUAUUCGUGCCGACGACAUGAUUCCUGGUCUCCGCCCUCACGAGGUUAAUCUUCUCCGCCUCUUUGAAACUGUCACCGAUGACGCAUUCGUUGAGGUUAACGAGACUGGGACGCAAUUAAAGUACAAGCCUGGAAUUAUAAUGGGAGGUAAGAACUUGGUUCACACCUGCUCGCUGAGUCGAUCCAUUGGCUAUUAUCUUGAGCCAUUGAUUUUGUUGGGAUUGUUUGGAAAGAAGCCUCUUUCGAUUAGGCUCAAAGGAAUUACAAAUGAUUCGAGAGACCCGAGCGUUGACACAUUCCGUUCCACUACCUUGAAUAUCAUAAAGCGUUUUGGAGUACCUGCAGAAGAUUUGGAGCUUAAAAUUGAGGCCCGUGGAGUAGCUCCAAAUGGAGGUGGAGAAGUUCUCUUAACUAUUCCAAAUGUUAAGACUCUAAGUGCGGUUCAUUGGGUAGAAGAAGGAAUGGUGAAGAAGAUACGUGGUAUAACUUUCUCUACAAGAGUGACUAGUGACUUCGAACAUUCCAUGAGAUUCUCAGCUCGUGGAAUCUUUAACAAUCUCCUGCCUGAUGUUCACAUUUUCCAAGAUCACAAAACUGGCGCUCAGGCUGGAAAAUCUCCUGGAUACGGAAUAUCAUUGGUAGCAGAAACAACCACAGGGUGUUACAUUUCUGCAGAUACAACAGUGUCUUGUGAAAGACCAGACGAAACUGGAGAGCUCGAUGUAGAGAAGAAAGAGAGAUUGCCAGCAGAAGACACAGGAGUUGAAGUAGCUUCAUGGCUUCUUCAAGAGAUUGAAAAGGGUGGAGUUGUUGAUUCAACACACCAGGGAUUGUUGUUUCUACUGUGUGCGUUAUCUGAACAAGACGUGUCAAAGGUUCGAGUUGGAACAUUAUCUCCAUAUGCAGUGGAGACAUUGAGGAACAUAAAGGAGUUUCUUGGAGUUAAGUUUGACAUCAAACCUGAUCCAUUGACAGGGACUGUUAUACUCAAGUGCACUGGAAGUGGCUUAAUUAACCUCUCCAGAAAGCUGUCUUGAUUUCUUUCUCACGUUGUUGUGUUUGUUAACACAAUCAGCUUUUACAGUUUUGUCUGAAUGAAAACGCUUUUCUAUAGUUUGAAUGGAUGUGUAUUUUUGACCUAAUGGCAAUUUACAAUUAAAUUUAUGCAUUUUCA